GGCGAUAAUUGCAGACAAAAUUGUCGUCGUCGGCCCUUGGCUGAGCGCCCCUUGCCUUCCUGACCUUUUUGCUACUCAUCCACAGGACGUUUUGUUGUCGCCGGACAAGAUCACACCUCCGGCCCGCUACAAAGCAUGAACUCUCAAUCGGAACGCCGGUUCGAAGACCGCUUCGAACAUCAGCAAAACGAACCCUCCGACUCGGACCGCCAACAUGCGAACACCAACUGGGGCACAGGCGGCAACGCGCCUCACACAUCAGCGACUGGCCCUGCCGGCGAUGCCAUUCAACAUGCUCUCGGACGCCAUCAAGACCCUACUUUCCGUCCCGACCACACCGUAGACCCUCACAGCACACAGCGACCCGUUUCGCGAACAAGAGAAGAUGGCGCUACCGGAGUUGGCGAAGGCCCUCAGAUUCUUAGCACCUCCAAUCAUGUCGAGACUCUGUGCGGACCUCUGCUCAAUUACAGAUACAUGAGCGGCCAAAAGACGGACAACCCCACAUGGCAUGGCAGUGUUUUGAUUGUUACCACCCCUGGACAAAGACAGCCUCAGCUUGUCAUCCGCAGCGCAGGCGCUAUUCAAUUCUCCAGAGAGAUUGACGGUGUCAAGUUGUACGAGGACCCCAAGAGCGCUUUCUGGCGCUUCGACAUUGAGGUGCCAUUCCUGGCUCAGGAGUCCAAGUGGGAGUACGGAAUCCCCGGCGCAAAAUAUGUCGAUUCCAAGAAGACCGUCGCUCCUGGUCCUAAGUCAUUCUACAUCCCCUCCAAGACCAACUCCAUGAGAAUCAUGUUCCACUCGUGCAAUGGCUUCUCCGUCGGUACCGACACUGACGCCUGGUCUGGAUGCGCCCUCUGGAACGAUGUUCUGCGUAUGCACGAGCAGAAGCCUUUCCAUGUCAUGAUUGGUGGUGGUGAUCAGAUCUACAACGACGGUGUCAGAGUUGACGGUCCUCUCAGACCUUGGACUGACAUUGGUUCGCCUCACAAGAGAAGACAUUUCCCCUUCAACGAAGAGCUCCGCGCAAAGUGUGACGAAUACUACUUCAACAACUACAUCCGCUGGUACGGAACCGAGCCUUUCUCCUUCGCCAACGGUCAGAUUCCUCAGCUUAACAUCUGGGACGACCACGACAUUAUUGAUGGUUUCGGCAGUUAUACUGAUCACUUCAUGAGAUGUGCUGUUUUCAGAGGUAUUGGUGGUGUAGCUCACAAGUACUACUUGCUCUUCCAGCACCAUCUUGCCCCACCGAAGAGUACCUUCACCACAGAUGCUCCUCAGACUGUCCACGCCAAUGAGCACGGCACUGCUGCCCCUGAUGCAGUCCAGCUGAACGAUGCCUUCGUCAAGACUGGUGAUGAGCAUGAGCCAUCAUACAUCAUCGGCUCCAAGCCCGGACCUUAUGUUGAAGAGCGCAGCAGAUCCAUGUACUGUCAGCUCGGUGCCCGUAUCGCCUUUGUCGGUAUUGAUGCCAGAACUGAGCGUACCAGACAUCAGAUCAAUUAUCCCGAGACCUAUGAUCAAAUCUUCCACCGCACCUCAGCUGAGCUCCAGGCCAAUCCUGCCAUCAAGCACUUGAUUUUGCUCUUGGGUGUGCCGAUUGCCUACCCUCGCCUGCAGUGGUUGGAGAACAUUCUUCAGUCUCCUCUGGUCGGCCCCAUCCGUUUCCUUAACAAGAGAUUCGGUGUGGCUGGUGGCCUCUUCAAUCAGUUCGACGGGCAAGUCGAUUUGCUUGAUGAUUUGGAUGACCACUACACGGCUCAUCAGCACAAGUCUGAGCGUAGAGAGCUGAUUCAGCGUCUGCAAGAUCUGGCCAAGAGACACGGUGUUCGUGUUUCCAUCCUAGGUGGUGAUGUCCAUCUCGCAGCCAUGGGCCGCUUUUACAGCAACCCUAAGCUCAACAUUCCUGUUGAGAAGGAUUGGCGUUACAUGCCCAACAUCAUCUCAUCUGCCAUCACCAACAAGCCCCCUCCGUCAGCAGUCGCCAACCUCCUCGCCAGUCGCAACAAGAUUCACCAUCUUGAUCACGACACUGACGAGACACUGCUGAACCUUUUUGACAAAGAUCCCGGCCACGGACGCGAAGAUGUCAAGAACAAGACGAAGGACAAGAACCACUGCACUAUGCCUAGUCGCAACUACGCCAUCAUCGCUGAGUCGCACAACGGCACCGCUUCUUCCGCCUUUGCCGCAGUUGACGGCGCAACGAACGGCUUGACCAAUGGUCACAACAACGGACACACCAAUGGAGACUCUACCGUCGCAGCUAUCUCGGCCCCCGCCACCUCAUUCCCAGCUGGAGGCAACCCUCGUGAUGCCCUUCAUGCAGGUGAGCAAAAGGCUGGUACUACUCACCCUGCCGCUGAGGGCUUGCAAUUCACUGGUCUUGGUGGCCCUGAUGGCCUCGAUGUCUGCAUCAAGGUUGAGAUCUCGCCAAGUGAUCGCGAAGGCCACACUCAAGGCUAUGGCUUCUCCAUUCCUGGUCUUGAUGCUGGUGCAUACAAGGGCCAAGGCACUUCUUGGUAGACAAUUCUUCUAAGCAUGAAAAAGAAAGAGGAGGAUGUUCAGCAUUUGCAUGUCUCGACUUUUCGAUUUCACUUUUUCUUUUU